CUCGUGUGACAUUUGAGUUAUUCGAAAUUAGCACAAACGUGCGAGUACUUUGGUGGUUGUCCCCCACGCGCAGCACAAUCCGCACGUUUCCGCACGCCACUUUCGCAAGUUCUGCGCUGCAACGCGGUCCCCUACAUGCUGCACUUUCAACUUACACCAAUACAAGUAUAUCUGCACGGUAACUCGCCGGACACGUCGGAGCAGGGCUUCUACGGAAGCUCCUCUCCCGCCCCCCCAGCCCGGCCCCCAUACCGACCAUGUCCGCGCCCGCCGCUGCCCCCGUCGCACCGGGCGGCGCACCCCUGUCGGGCGGCAGUGCUGACAGCCUGGGCGACCCGGCCCGCUUCGGCGUGCUGACAGUGAGCGACCGCGCCAGUGCGGGUGUGUAUGAGGACCUGUCGGGCCCCGCCAUCCUGCGCUUCUUCUCCGAGGCGGUGGCCAGCCCCUGGACGGCGCAGUACCGGGUGGUGGCGGACGAGCGGGCCGACAUCGAGGCGGCACUCAUUGACCUGGUUGACACCCAGGGCUGCUGCCUGGUGGUGACCACGGGCGGCACCGGCCCCGCGCCCCGCGACGUGACGCCCGAGGCCACGGAGGCGGUGUGCAGCCGCAUGAUGCCGGGCUACGGCGAGCAGAUGAGGGCCAUCAGCCUCAAGUAUGUGCCCACCGCCGUCCUCAGCCGCCAGACCGCCGGCAUACGCGGCCGCGCGCUCAUCAUCAACCUGCCGGGCAAGCCCAAGUCCAUCCGCGAGACGUUUGACGAGGUGUUCAAGUCCAUCCCCUACUGCGUGCAGCUUCUGGAGGGACCCUACAUCGAGACGGUGCCGGAGGUGGUGGCGGCGUUCAGGCCGCCCAACGACCGCCGCACAGCCAAGCCGGCGGCAGCGUGAGGGCGCAGGGAGGAGGGCGCAGGGAGGGAGGGCGCAGAGAGGGAGCGGCGCAGGGACGGUGCAGUGGGAAUGUGGGAUCUGGUUGGGGGAUGGUGAGAGUGGUGGAGCUCGGACGGGAUAAUUUUGUUGGGGUUGGCGCUUCUUGCACGUGCACGGGCCGGCGGGGGCUGCAGAGACGUUCUCGCCACGGAGCUCGAGACACGGGUGGCGCAUGAGUGUGGAUGUGAUGUGUGUGGUGUGUGGACGGCGAGCAGGGCUGGCGACUGCAUGCGCUCUUGCAGAGCGCCGGGCGGGAGCAUGAAUGGUGUGGAGGUGGACAGGGUGGGCAGAGGGUGGAGGAAGAGUGUAUGGGAGGAAUGCCGAGGGCUAGGACAGCUCCAAUACAUGACAGGCUGGGUAGACAGGUAUGAGGCGGUCACGCAGGGGACUGGAGCACUGGACAGAAGCAUUGGUAAUCGUGUUACAGUGGAGUGGGGUGCUGGGGCGCCCGCGAACGCAGCGGGCGCGGAUACCAGGCGCACAAACUGCUUUGCUCGUGAGACUGCUUUGGUGAAGAUCUGGCCGUGAAGAUCACCGCCAAGCCAACCCGUGAAGAUCUGUUUCCCCGA